GGGGGGGGGGUCAUAAGCGCCUAUACCGUAAAAUAGACUUUCGACGGAAUGAAAAAGACCUAUAUGGUAGAAUCAUAACCAUAGAAUAUGACCCUAAUAGAAAUGCAAACAUUUGUCUAAUACAUUAUAAGACUGGUGAGAAGAAGUAUAUUUUACAUCCGAGAGGGGCUCAAAUUGGAGAUACCAUUGUUUCUGGUACAAAUGUUUCAAUCAAAUUGGAAAUGCCCUACCUUUGACCGAAAUCCCCUUAGGCACGACUAUACAUAACCUAGAAAUUACACGUGGAAGGGGUGGACAAUUAGCUCGAGCAGCGGGUGCAAUGGCGAAACUGAUUGCAAAAGAGGGUAAAUCAGCUACAUUAAAAUUACCUUCUGGCGAGGUCCGUUUUAUAUCCCAAAACUGCUCCGCAACAAUAGGACAAGUCGGGAAUGUUGGGUUCAACCCAAAAAAAUUUGGGUAGAGCUGGAGCUAAACGAUGGCUAGGUAAGCGUCCUGUAGUCAGAGGAGUAGUUAUGAACCCCGUAGACCAUCCACACGGGGGCGGUGAGGGUAGAGCUCCUAUUGGGAGAAAAAAACCUACAACCCCUUGGGGUUAUCCCGCACUUGGAAGAAAAACUAGAAAGAGGAAUAAAUAUAGUGAGAAGCUCAUUCUUCGUCACCGCAGUUAAUAUAAUAGUAUAAUAUAGUUAAUAGAGUGAAUAUACUUAAUGUAAUAUAUAUAGUAUAAAAAUUAAUAUAAUAGAACAAAUUAAAUUUAUUCAUUCAAUUAUAUGAAAAAUAAAAAAAUAAAAGAAUAAUAAAAUUUAUAGGAGUAAACUGUGGCACGUUCACUAAAAAAAAAUCCCUUUGUAGCUCAUAAAUUAUUAAAAAAAAUUGAGAAACUUAACACAAAGGGAGAAAAAGAAAUAAUAAUAACUUGGUCCCGGGGAUCUACUAUUAUUCCAAUAAUGAUUGGUCAUACUAUUGCCAUUCAUAAUGGGAAAGAGCAUCUCCCUAUUUAUAUAAUGGAUGAUAUGGUCGGACACAAAUUGGGAGAAUUUGCAACUACUUUAAAUUUUCGAGGACAUGCAAAAAAUGAUAAGAAAUCUCAUCGGUAAUGUGAAUACUAAAAAAUAUUUUGAUGCUUAUAAGUCAUUAGUAGGAGGCAAAUUUUAUGUACCAGAUGCUAAAUAAAAAAACCCCAGAAGUAUACGUUUUAGGUCGACGUAUAGCUAUGUCCGGCUAAUAAAGCACGAAGAGUUAUUGACCAAAUUCGUGGGCGUUCCUAUGAGGAAACACUUAUUAUAUUAGAACUCAUGCCCUAUCGUGCCAGUUAUCAAAUUUUAAAAUUGGUUUAUUCAGCCGCAUCAAAUGCUAGUUACACUAUGGCUUCAAAUAAAGCAAAUUUAGUUAUUAGUCAAGCUGAAGUUAAUGAGGGGGACUGCUGGAAAGAAAUUAAAACCUCGGGCUCGCGGGCGUAGUUAUCCAAUAAAAAGACCGACCUGCCAUAUCACUAUUGUACUAAAAGAUAUUUCAUUCAAUGAUUCUGAAUCCGUGGAGCUCGGUUUGCUAAAAAAACCACAAGCGAAAAAAAAAUUCUAGAACUAAAGCAUAUUCUGAUAUCCAGAAAAGGAGGUAUUUAUGGGACAAAAAAUAAAUCCACUUGGUUUCAGACUUGGUACAAACCAGGCCCAUUAUUCACUUUGGUUUUCGCAACCAAAAACGUAUGCUGAAAAUCUGCAAGAAGAUCAAAAGAUAAGAGCUUUUAUAAAAAAUUAUGUACAAAAAAAUAGAAUCAAACCCUCGGGUACCGAGGGAAUUGCAGGUAUAUGUAUUAAAAAAAGACUCGAUCUAAUCCAAGUCAUAAUCUAUAUUGGAUUUCCCAAAGUAUUCAUUGAAAAUAGCCCGCAGGGAGUUGAAGAAUUACAAAAAGCUCUACAAAAAAAUUAAAUUUCGUAAACCGAAAACUUAAUAUUGCUAUCACAAAAAUUGAAAAACCGUAUGGAAAUCCUAAUAUUCUUGCCGAAUUUAUAGCUGGACAAUUAAAGAAUAGAGUUUCCUUUCGAAAAGCAAUGAAAAAAGCUAUUGAAUUAGCUGAACAAGCAGAUACAAAAGGAAUUCAAGUACAAAUUGCGGGACGCCUUGACGGAAAGGAAAUUGCACGUGUGGAAUGGAUAAGAGAAGGAAGAAUUCCCCCGCCAAACUAUUCAAGCUAAAAUUGAUUAUUGUUGUUAUUCAGUUCGAACUAUCUACGGGGUUUUAGGCAUAAAAAUUUGGAUAUUUUUUGAUCAAGCUCAAUAAAAUUUUAUUCAUUCUUUUUACCUGUAAUACCGAGCGGCCCAUUUCACAAAUUAUUUUGUGUAAUGAGCAGGAACAGUUCUAAUUGAUAAUAAUGAAUUCUAUAAGGUUGAAUAAAAUUUUAUUUAUUUUUAAUAAAAAUAUCAUUGCUAUGCUUAGUGUGCGACUCGUUUAUUUUUUAAGGUUAGCAUGAAAACCAAACCCAAAGUAACAACUACUAACUCGAGAAGAAAUUACCUAAUAAUUAACUCAUCAAUUUCGCAUUAUCUGGAUCUAAAUAACCAGUCACGAUAUGAUUACCGCUCAUAUCGUUGUAGCAACUGCCAUUUAUUUGCAUAAACGAAAAAUAGUAUUCAAAUAUUAUUGAAGUUGCGAAGCAAAAUAUAAAAAAGAUGUGGAUAAUUGGAAGGGAGAGAGAAAGGGAGAAAAAGAAGCUCAAUGAUUGAAAAUUCCAAUAUGUAGGGUCUAACAAAACAGGCAAUGUAAUGAAGCAUUAAUACUUAAAUUCUGCAUAUUAAAGUAUUUAAAAUAGAAUAAGAAAUCUAAGAAUAUUCAAUAAUAAAAAACAAUAUACUCUUAUUAUAGAAAAUCUAUAAUCUAUAUAUAAAUAUUCAAUUAGAUAUUAAAUAUAGAAGAGAUAAAAUAAAAAAAUAAAGUCAAGAGCUUAAAGCCAAUAAAGACUAAGAAAAAUGGCUAAAGACUUAAAUUAUUCAUAUAUUAUUACUAUUUGAGCUCCAUUGUAAAAUUAGGACCUAACCAUUAAGUAAGAAGUGAUGGGGACGACGGAACUUAUGAGAAUACAAAAGAUUCAAUUCAAUUCAAGAUGAAAUAAAAAAAAAUCUUAAACAUUCACUGGCUGGGAUGGCGGAAUAAACCAAUGUUAAAUUAUUUUAUUUCUAGAUACUAGCUAUAAGAUGUCACAAACUCGUCCUAGAAAUGAAAUCUAAAUUGACAGAGUCAAUAUUCGCCCGCGAAAACUUUUUUCAAAAGAAUCAAUAUUCAAUCUAAAGCAAUAUAAAGAAUAGUCAAAAAUGAAGGAUUAGUUAGACUCAGAGAAUCAUGAAAAAACUGUAGAAUAAUUCAUUUCAAUUCAAAUAGAUUUAAAAAAAGAUCACUCAAUCCCUAAAUAUUAUUUUGACUUCUCAGUCCAGACUUUUAUUAUCUAUCUUUAGAUUUAGAUAUCUUCACUAUGAUUAGUCAAUUUGAGUCAAACGCUCAUUUUGUAAAUACUUUAUUCGUAAUUCGCGAGGAGCUGGAUGAGAAGAAACUCUCACAUCCGGUUCUGUAGUAGAGAUGGAAUAAAUAAAAAUCCAUCAACUAUAACCCCAAAAGAACCAGAUUCCGUAAACAACAUAGAGGAAGAAUGAAGGGAAUAGCUUCUCGAGGGAAUCAUAUUUGUUUCGGUAAAUAUGCGCUUCAAGCACUUGAACCCGCUUGGAUCACAUCUAGACAAAUAGAAGCUGGGCGACGGGCUAUGACACGAAAUGCACGUCGUGGAGGAAAAAUAUGGGUACGUAUAUUUCCCGAUAAACCAGUUACUGUACGACCCGCAGAAACACGUAUGGGUUCAGGAAAAGGAUCCCCUGAAUAUUGGGUUGCUGUUGUUAAACCCGGUCGGAUACUUUUGAAAUGGGUGGAGUAACAAAAAAUAUUGCCAGAAAAGCUAUUUCAAUAGCAGCAUCAAAAAUGCCGAUACAAACUCAAUUCAUUAUUUCGGAGAUAGAAUAGACGAUAUAACUCUAGAACCAACCCAAAGAAUCUUAAGAAUGAAACAAAAACAAAAAAAAAAGAGGUUUCGUUUUAUGUUUGUGGACAAAAAAUAUUUCUUUUUUUCUUCGCCCUUUGCAUUGUGAAAGAAAAGAAUAAAAAAAAUGCUAUGAUUCAAUCCCAAACCCUUUUAAAUGUAGCGGAUAACAGCGGGGCUCGAAAAUUGAUGUGUAUUCGAAUAAUAGGAGCUAGCAAUCGUCGAUAUGCUUAUAUUGGUGACAUUAUUGUUGCUGUUAUCAAAGAAGCUGUACCUAACAUGCCUCUACAAAGAUCUGAAGUAGUUAGAGCCGUAAUCGUGCGUACCUCUAAAGAACUAAAACGUGGCAACGGGAUAAUAAUACGAUAUGAUGAUAAUGCCGCAGUUGUUAUUGAUAAAGAAGGAAAUCCAAAAGGGACCAGAAUUUUUGGUCCAAUCCCCCGGGAGUUAAGACAAUUAAAUUUUACUAAAAUCGUUUCAUUAGCUCCUGAGGUAUUAUAAAAAAAAUUAAAAAAUGGAGUAGAAUCUGUCUCACGUAUAUAACUUUAAGAUUAAAAUAAAGUAAGAUAAACACAAUAAUCCAUAGACAAUAAAAAAAACACGUUGAGAGUAGAAAAAUUUUUAGCUCCAUAAUUAGAGUUCAUCAUGGGUAGGGACACUAUUGCUGAGAUAAUAACUUCUAUACGGAAUACUCAUAGGGAUGGAAAAAGAACAGUUCGAAUCCCAUCCAGUAAUAUUAACGAAAAGAUUGUAAAACUCCUUUUAAAAGAAGGUUUUAUUGAAAGUGUGAGAAAUCAUCGAGAAAACAACAAAAAUUUUUUAGUUUUAACUCUGCAACAUAUAAACACUAAAAAAAGGACCUUUAGCAAUAUUCUAAAUUUAAAACGGAUAAGUCGACCCGGUCUACGAAUGUAUUCUAAGUCUAAAAAAAUACCUAAAAUUUUAGGCGGGGAUGGGGGUUGUAAUUCUUUCUACUUCACGUGGUAUAAUGACAGACCGAGAAGCCCGACUGCAAAGAAUCGGGGGGGAGAUUUUGUUUUUAUAUAUGGUAAUAUUUUCAAGAUGCCAAUUAGGUAGAAACUUUCCAUUUCUAUGAUUCCCAAAUGGGAUAUUUUAGAAUCUAAUGAAAUCCCCAUUCCUUAUUGCUUCUAGGUCACUGAAAUAAAGAAUAAAGUCCUUC